AUGGAUAGCCCUGGGUGCAGCCGAUUUGGCGGCGCGGGCGACAUGGACGUUCUGCUCAUGGCUGCCGGCACUCUCGGCGACGUGCUGCCGUUCCUCGCGCUCGCCAUGCACCUUGCCGUGCGAUACGGCCAUCGAGUCAGGUUAGCAAGCCAUGCGGAGUACGGUCCGCUCGUGCUGCAGUGCAUGCAGCGAAUGGUGGAUGACCAUGAUGAGGGGGAGCGACAUGGGCGAGGGGGGGAUGGAGGCCAAGGGGGAACGCGUGAAUAUAAGGAGGAGGGAGAUGAGGAAGGAGUGAUGGUGAGGAACGGCGGCGUGUUUCCCAGGAGCUUUUCGGAGCUGCGGCUGCUGCGGCAGCAGUACCGGGCCAUCCUGGAGUCCACGUGGCCUGCCUGCACUGCUGCCUUCCCGCACCCUGCAGGGCCACGGCCACCCAGCACAGGGCGCGCCUGUGAAGCAGGGAAUGGAAUUGGCGGAGAGGAGCGGCAUGUGGAGGGGGACGCUGUGACUGGGAAUGGGAAUGAGCAUGGGGAUAGGCAUGGGGAUGGGCGGGGGGAAGGAGAAAGGCCAUGGCAGUCAGCUGGGGAGGGAGUUGGGACAGGAGCAAGAGGGAGCAGCAGCAGGAGGUUCAGGCCGCAUGCUAUCAUCGCCAACCCGCCUGCUGCAGGUCACGUGCACUGUGCGCAGAAGCUGGGCGCUCAUCUGCACAUCCUCUUCACCAUGCCAUGGCGCCCCACGGGGGCAUACGCGCAUCCAUUCUCCCCCUCGGCGCUGCGGUCGCUGGCGUUCCUGUCGCCGGCGUGGGUGCGGGCGCGCGUGCACCGCGGGUCGUACCGGCUGGUGGAGGCGUUUGUGGGCGCGGGCGUCAUGGACAUCACCAACCAGGGCCCUGCGCCUCUCUUCCUGGCGUAUGGCAGCAUGCAGCUGAGCAGGCCGUGCUACGUGGCCCGCUGUGUGCUCAAGGCUGUGGCGCUGCUGGGCGUGCGCGCCAUCAUUGGCAGCGCUGCCAUUCACCAGCACCGCUGCUGCUCCUCCUCUCACUGCCUCGUGGCAGGAGGGCGCAUCCGCAGGGGGGGGAAGGGCCGUGCAGGUGUGGGCAGGAUGGGUGAGGAAGGAGGGGGGAAGAGUGGGGGGAAAGGUCGUCGAGGCAAGCGUUCGGAGAGGAAUGUGGGAGGGAGGGAAGCAGGAGGGAGUGUGGAGGGCGGAGGUUCUCAGGGGGGAGCGGAGGAGGGGGGGGGGGUUGGGGAGGGAGGAGGGGAGGGCGAGUGUGAGGUGGUGCGGCAAGGGAGUGUGCUGUUUGUUGGGUCCGUGGCUCAUGACUGGCUCGUUCCCCACUGCUCUGCCACGGUGCACCAUGGGGGGGCGGGCACAGUGGCAGCAUCUAUCAGGGCGGGCUGCCCCAUCCUGCCCAUGCCGUUCUUCGGAGACCAGCACUUCUGGGCUGCGGUGCUGCACAGCCUGGGAGUGGCUCCGCCGGCUCUGCCCAUCCACCGCAUCUCCCCUCGCCGCCUCCUCUCCUCGUUGCGCCUGCUGCUGCAGCCGGCUCUCAAGGCGCGUGCCAUGCAGCUCAAGAGCAGCUUCCUUCUUGAGGGCGAUGGGCUGCUGCGAGCAGCUCACUCCUUCCACCUGCACCUGCCGCCUCGCUUGCGCUGCCUGCUGCUCGAGGGGCCAGAGCAGGCGGACAGGGUGCGUGGAGGCAGCAGAGCGUCAGAGGUGGUAGGGCUGUGUGGCUAUCCAGUGUCAUGCAGAGGAGGAGAGCUUGAGGGAGUUCACGACAGCUGUGUAGGUAGCUCUCCGCAACAGGACCAGCAGGGGGUUGCUGGGCAGGAGGUGGAGGAGGAGAUGAGGGUGCAGGAGGCAGAGGUUGAGGUGGAGGCAUUGCCUAGAAGGGGGCGGGUUGUGCCCAAGAGUUGGGUGUUCUGGAAGCGAAAAGGGCACCAGGAGCAGCCUUCUGACUCGCAGGAAGCUUCUUGGGAAGGGGAAUCAACAGCUGCGUGGGACCGAGUGCUCUACCAACGUCGUUCACAUGCUCUCUUCAUAGCCAUGUAUAAAGUACCUUCAGCCAUUGCGAGGCUUUUCACGUCAAAACCUAAUGUCGCACAAGCUUAG